UGAGGGUUUAUCGUAUAAAAGCAGAGGGGUCUUCAUCGUACUCAUCAGUUGCAAACACGACGAACCAAGUCCGAAACUCGUGCAUCAUCAUGAACGCCAAGGUGGUAGUGUUCUUCGCCCUGGUGGCGCUCGCUUUCGCCGAAGAGACGAAGAGCUACACAAAGAACGUGGAGACUACGAAGAACAAGCGGGGCCUUUACGGAGCCUUGGGCUACGGUGCGGGUUAUAGUGGGCUGAGUUAUGGUGGGCUGAGUUAUGGUGGGCUGGGUUAUGGUCUCGGUGGAUUGAACACGUACUCGUCUCUUCCGAUCAGCGUGAACCAAGUCUUGACGAAGGAAGUCGCUGUACCCGUGCCCCAUCCGGUCGCCGUGCCCGUCGAGAAACACGUCCCAGUCCCGGUUAAGGUGCCAUACGCCGUGCCCGUCGACCGCCCGUACCCCGUCCAAGUGCCCAAACCCUACCCAGUUGAGGUCACCAAGCACGUCCCUGUCCCGGUAGACCGUCCCGUGCCCGUUCCCGUCAACGUUCCAGUGAAGGUCCCCGUCCCCGCCCCGUACGCCGUCAAAGUACCCCAGCCCUACGCCGUCCCCGUCGUCAAACACGUGCCGGUGCCCGUCGCGCAGCCGAUCGUCUACGAGAAACUGCACUCCGGUAUUGGAUACUACAACGGAUAUAGCGGAUACGGCUCAUACAACGGAUACAACGGAUACAACGGAUACAACGGAUACAACGGAUACAGCGGAUACAGCGGUUAUCCCUAUGGAUACUCUUCCUGGUAAGACGACAGCUCCGAGAGCGACGCUCUUCAACGUCAUCGGCGCAAAGCAUCACUUGGACCGCGCGGAUCUUCCAGAGCCUUCAGUGAAUCACCUCCUUUAGCGAGCGCUCCCGAAGAAAGAUAUAUUUAUUAAUGUACGUUAAUAUAUGUUCUUCUUCAUCGUUGAUGAGUGUAGUUAAAGUGAAUACCUCUCGUUUUGGAAAUUAAGGGACAUUUUCGCGAGCCUUUCAUUCUUUUGGACCUUUUUAUGUCAAGGAGAUAAGGAGAGAGAACAAGCGGCGGGAAAAGAAGAGCGUCCUCUGAUUUUGAAUGAAAAAGAUAAAAAAAACAUUUCCGGGUCAAAAAGGGGAUCGAGUGAUGCUCGCGAUCAUCAAGUGUGACCACUUAGAUCUAAUGUUUCUACAUAUAAUUUCAUUAUGUUCAUCAUUGAAAUAAAUCUUUU